AUGGAUUCUCUUCGGAGGCAAUUGGAAGAGGCCCAAAGGGAAGCUGGCCAGGUCGCUCCUCUGCGAAGGCAGUUGGAACAAGCCAAAAGGGAAGCUAAUGAGGCCGCUUCUCUCCGAAAGCAGUUGGAAAUGGCCGAAAAGAAGAUCGAUGAUUUGAAAGCGAAGAUGGCCAAGGAGACCAGGGCCGCCAACAAUUACUGGUCUCACUUGAAGAGACAGCGAAGGCAUAUCGAACUGCUAACGACGAUGGCGAAUCAAUGGAUGGUUGACGUCGACGAGGGCCUUAGCAAUCCCAAUUUGUGA